AUGGGUGAUAAAGGAGAUGGAGAAACCUUUGACGAUGCAGUUGAGGAAAGGGUUAUCAAUGAAGAGUAUAAAAUAUGGAAGAAGAACACACCGUUCUUAUACGACCUGGUCAUGACACACGCUCUGGAAUGGCCCUCCUUAACGGCACAGUGGCUACCAGAUGUCACCAGACCUGAAGGAAAAGAUUACUCUGUUCAUAGAUUAAUAUUGGGUACUCAUACAUCAGAUGAACAAAACCACCUUCUGAUUGCUAGUGUGCAACUUCCAAAUGAAGAUGCACAAUUUGAUGCAAGUCACUAUGACAAUGAUAAGGGUGAAUUUGGUGGUUUUGGAUCAGUUUCUGGUAAAAUAGAUAUAGAGAUCAAAAUUAACCAUGAGGGUGAGGUGAACAGAGCAAGAUACAUGCCACAGAAUCCUUGUGUGAUUGCAACUAAGACACCUUCAUCUGAUGUGCUAGUGUUUGAUUACACAAAGCAUCCCUCUAAACCUGAGCCUUCUGGAGAAUGUCAUCCAGAUCUAAGAUUGCGUGGUCAUCAAAAAGAAGGAUAUGGAUUGUCAUGGAAUCCCAAUCUUAAUGGUUAUCUUCUAUCUGCAAGUGACGACCACACGAUCUGCCUGUGGGAUAUCAACGCGACGCCCAAGGAGGGGCGCGUGAUAGAGGCCAAGUCGGUGUUCACCGGACACACGGCGGUGGUGGAGGACGUGGCGUGGCAUCUGCUGCACGAGUCGCUCUUCGGCUCCGUGGCAGACGAUCAGAAACUCAUGAUUUGGGAUACUAGGUGUAACAAUACCUCUAAGCCAUCGCACACCGUGGAUGCGCACACGGCGGAAGUGAACUGCCUCAGCUUCAACCCCUACUCCGAGUUCAUACUGGCCACAGGCAGUGCUGAUAAAACGGUGGCGUUAUGGGACUUACGUAACUUGAAAUUGAAGUUGCAUUCGUUCGAAUCACACAAGGAUGAAAUUUUCCAAGUGCAGUGGUCUCCGCACAACGAAACUAUUCUUGCUUCAAGCGGCACCGAUAGGAGACUACACGUAUGGGAUCUAUCCAAAAUUGGUGAAGAGCAAACCGCAGAGGAUGCGGAAGAUGGACCACCAGAACUGUUGUUCAUACACGGAGGUCACACCGCCAAGAUAUCUGACUUCUCAUGGAAUCCCAAUGAACCUUGGGUCAUUUGUUCUGUCUCUGAGGAUAAUAUAAUGCAGGUGUGGCAAAUGGCGGAGAACAUCUACAACGACGAGGAGCCGGAGACGCCCGCGUCGGAGCUGGAGUCGGGCGUCAACGUCAACCACGGC